GUCACGGGCGACCCGGCCUCCGCUGCGGACGGCUGCAGCAGCAGCCCGGCACCGCCAGCAGCGUUGCCGUCAGCAGCAGACGCAGCAGCAGCACCUCCGGCGACGUCAUCACAGGAGCCGCCUCCGCCGCUGCCACCUGGCUGGACGGCCAGUAGCCAGGGCCCGGUGGCGCCCCGCAGCGGCAUGUAUGUGGGGCUGGCGAGGGCGGCCAUGUCGCGACAGGAGAUGUUCCGGGUACGUGAGGGUCUGGCGCUGCAGCUGGUGGAGCCCGUGUUCCGAGUGCCGCCCGUCACGGGCCUGCCUCCCGGCUGGGUGAUGCUGCAGAACCUGCCCAGCCUGGUUGCCGCCCUGGCGCUCAGCCCCGACCCCGGCAGCCGCGUGCUGGACAUGUGCGCGGCGCCGGGGGGCAAGACAACCCUGCUGGCGCAGAUCAUGGGGGACGAAGGGGAGAUCGUGGCCUUCGACCGCACGCACGCCAAGGUGUCCGAGGUGGUGUCCCUGGCCCGAGAGCUGGGGGUCACAUGCAUCACCGCACACAAGAUGGAUGCGGGCAAGGCGGUGGAGCUGCCCCCACCCGCCUCGGAUGCAGCCGUGUCCGUACCCGCAGCUGGUACUGGUGCUGGUGCUGCCACAUCCGCAGCGGCGACGAGGAGGGGCGGAGAGGGACCCGUGGGUCGCGCCAACGGGCAGGGCGGACUGGGACCCAAUGACGCCCAUCCAGGGCCCCAAAACGGACCUGAAGACGGCGCUUUAUCCUCUUCUCCUUGUACGGCAGUUCAGGAAGGGACAGAAGCUGGAGGGGGGGCUACGGGUGGCGAUGCAGCAGUGGCAGUAGCAGCGCCGUCGACAGCAGCGGAGGCAGCACCUGCAGCAGCAGAACCUGCAUUAUCAUCAGCACCUGCAGCAGCAGCAGGAGUGGGGGCUGGGGGCGCUCCCAGCCGGCCUCAGCCGUCUGCCAAGGCGUUGCAGCGGGAGGAGCGGCGGCGGGCGGCCAUGAUCAAGCGG